UUACUGAUAAAGCUAUUAGUUGCAAACUCGACAUUGUCAAUCCUACAAUAUUUAAAUGUAAAUCGUUACCUCCAAGCACUUCAUCGUUUCUUUCGGGAACGACGACAGACCUCAACAGCAAUAAGGACCCCCUUAACGUCUCGCGAUAUCACUGCUUGGGUUACGUUCUUUAAAUCAACAAUUAGAUAAAAUAAUAUGAACAAUAAACUGUGAGAGGUUUUCAAAGUCAACACUUUUUCCUCUCACUCAAUAACGUUUAUUAUAUGGCAACUUUGAAAUGAAUAUACAGAAGGAGGUUAUAUAGCCAAUAUAACCAACGAUUAUAUAGACAAAUUAUAGGAUAAUAAACAUCGAAUGAAGUAAAAAAAAAAAA